CGGUCCACCUUACUUCCGGUCACUGCAUUCCGUUCCACACACAGGAAGAUCAGGUGAUGGUUGGUUCUAAAUCGCGGUUCUAGCAGCUACCAUCAGGUUAACACAGUAGUGAAGAAGACUUCCGGUGAGUGUGAGACACCCAGCAGCCAUCACAUUGUGUGUAGGACUGAGCAGGACCCAGAGCCCCAUCACGGUGCCUCCAUCUCAGUCACUGACACAUGAGAGACACAAUGAUCAGAAGAUCCUGGAACUCACCAACAAGAUCAUUCAGCUGCUGACUGGAGAGGAGGAGGAGUAUACAGAGGAACACAGGGGUCUGUACAAGGACGUGAUGAUGGAGAAUCACCGGCCCCUCACAUCACUGGAUGGGCCCAGUAACAGAGAUACCCCAGAGAGAUGUCCCCGUCCUCUGUAUUCCCUGGACUGUACAGAAGAGAAUCACAGGACCCCACAGGAGGAUCAGGAUGACUGCCUGACUGAUAUAAAGGCAGAAGAUAUAGAGGGAGAAGAAGAGACGUAUGUGACUGAUAUAAAGGCAGAAGAUAUAGAGGGAGAAGAAGAGACGUAUGUGACUGAUAUAAAGGCAGAAGAUAUAGAGGGAGAAGAAGAGACGUAUGUGACUGAUAUGAAGGCAGAAGAUAUAGAGGGAGAAGAAGAGACGUAUGUGACUGAUAAAAAGGCAGAAGAUAUAGAGGGAGAAGAAGAGACGUAUGUGACUGAUAUAAAGGCAGAAGAUAUAGAGGGAGAAGAAGAGACGUAUGUGACUGAUAUAAAGGCAGAAGAUAUAGAGGGAGAAGAAGAAACGUAUGUGACUGAUAUAAAGGCAGAAGAUAUAGAGGGAGAAGAAGCGACGUAUGUGACUGAUAUAAAGGCAGAAGAUAUAGAGGGAGAAGAAGAGACGUAUGUGACUGAUAUAAAGGCAGAAGAUACAGAGGGAGAAGAAGAGACGUAUGUGACUGAUAUAAAGGCAGAAGAUAUAGAGGAAGAAGAAGAGACGUAUGUGAGGGGUGAUCAGCAGUGUAAGGAGGAGGAGAUCCCUACAGAUAUCAGCACAGCAGAUGGACCCACAAGCAGGAAUAUCUCAGAAGUACAUCUAAUGUUAUCCCUGGAUUGUGAAAUAACAGAUAAUGACAGUAGACAGGAUUCUCCAGGAGAUAAUACCAUUACCCCAAUUAUACAUCAAGCUCUAUCAGCUGAUCCCCCUGAUCCUGGGAAAUGUUCUCCUGAUCACUCUAUUACAGCUCUGAGAUUAGAUACAGAGUUUCCCUGUUCUACAGAUGCCAAAUGUUUUACACAGAACACAAACCGUAUUACUCAUCAGCCAGCUAAGGCAGGUGAGAGGCCAUUUCCAUGUUCUGAGUGUGGGAAAUGUUUUACAUAUAAUUCAGAUCUUGUUAGACAUCAGAGAAGUCACACUGGUGAGAAGCCAUUUCCAUGUUCUGAGUGUGGGAAAUUUUUUACAAAUAAAUCAAAUCUUGUUACACAUCAGAGAAGUCACACAGGUGAGAAGCCGUAUUCCUGUUCUGAGUGUGGGAAAUGUUUUGCACAGAAAUCGGAUCUUUUUAUACAUCAGAGAAGUCACACAGGUGAGAAGCCGUAUUCCUGUUCUGAGUGUGGGAAAUGUUUUGCAUCGAAAUCAUAUCUUGUUACACAUCAGAGAAGUCACACAGGUGAGAAGCCGUAUUCCUGUUCUGAGUGUAUGAAAUGUUUUCCACAGAAAUCAGAUCUUGUUACACAUCAGAGAAGUCACACUGGUGAGGAGCCAUUUCCAUGUUCUGAGUGUGGGAAAUUUUUUACAAAAAAAUCAAAUCUUGUUACACAUCAAAGAAGUCACACAGGUGAGAAGCCGUAUUCCUGUUCUGAGUGUGGGAAAUGUUUUGCAUCGAAAUCAAAUCUUGUUACACAUCAGAGAAGUCACACAGGUGAGAAGCCGUAUUCCUGUUCUGAGUGUGGGAAAUGUUUUACAUAUAAAUCAGAUCUUGUUAGACAUCAGAGAAGUCACACUGGUGAGAAGCCAUUUCCAUGUUCUGAGUGUGGGAAAUUUUUUACAAAUAAAUCAAAUCUUGUUACACAUCAGAGAAGUCACACAGGUGAGAAGCCGUAUUCCUGUUCUGAGUGUGGGAAAUGUUUUGCAUCGAAAUCAUAUCUUGUUACACAUCAGAGAAGUCACACAGGUGAGAAGCCGUAUUCCUGUUCUGAGUGA